AUGUUUAGUGAGGAUUUGUACGAUAAAGUUCUGAUUGAAUUGACUGAACUUAUUGAUAGGAUUAGCCCCAAUGAUAUCAGAGAGCUUUGGGCAGUAUCACAUAUAGAUCAACAAAAACAUCAUUUUGUCAUUCUAUUUGGUAAUAUGAUACAAAAAAAUGAAAAGAUCAGUAAUGAACAUGCAAUUUCAAUUAGAAAUGGUCAAAAUCUUGGUACAUUUGAACAUGAAAUCCAAAUUGACUUUACUUUGAUUGAUUCAAUACGUGGUCAAUAUGUUUUCACACCUAAGGUACAGCACCAUGUAAAGAAUCAUUCUCUUUAUGGUAAAGGCUUUGGUUUGAUAAAAAAAGCCUUGAAUCUGGCAAUUGAAACUGGUGGUACUGAGAAGUUGUAUGAGAUGCAUCAGAAGUUUAUAGCAGAUAUGGAACAGCAACUUGCAGAACCAGAAAGAAAUGUUAUACAAUCAGAUGAUAAAAAUCAUUAUAGAUUAAUUAACAACCCACCAAUGUCACGAACAAAAAGCCGAAA